GUAGAUGGUUCUGGUGGUCUGCUCGUGAGGUCUCCUUCUCGGCUUGAUUCUGAUCAGAGGAAUAUGUUUUGCUUAUAUCUUCACCCUCCUCAUGAUAUCCCAAAAAAGCUUUUCAAGAAUGAAAUUGUAUAUGUUGUUGAUACAAGCAGAAGCAUGCACGGAGGGCCAAUAGAGAACGUGAAAACUUCAUUGUUGUCUGCUUUAUGUAAGCUUGGUCCAGAAGAUACCUUUAACAUUAUUGCUUUCAAUGAUAUGAGCUUAUCGUUCUCAUCAAAGAUGGAGCUAGCAACAAAGCAAACAAUUGAAAAUGCAGCCCAAUGGAUAAACAUAAAUUUUGUAGCCA